AAACAUAGAUGAUGAAACCAGUUCCAAGGCUUUGGGUUGUCAUCCCGGUUACGUUUGUGUUUUGUCUCUUCGUUCUGUUUCAACUCCAGAUAUCAAACUUGUUCGGAAAAAAUCUCCAAAUCACUCAUCAAGUAAACAACUUCUUCAUCUCCAUCGCUUCUUCAUCACACCAUCAAACCCCAAACCCCACCAGAUUUGCGAAUGAGAGCGAUGGAAACAGAGCAAAACAGCCCCAAGAAGAAGAAACUUGUGCAGGAAGGUACAUAUAUAUGCACAACAUCCCAAGCAUAUUCAACGACGACAUCAUUCAAAACUGUAAAACACUCAUCAAAUGGUUCACCAUGUGUCCCUUCAUGGUCAAUUCCGGCCUCGGCUCCCAGGUUUCACUAUCCGAUAACAAGGCAGCUCGUGUCUUAACCUCCAAAACCGGUUCUUGGUACGCAACAAACCAGUUCUUGCUAGCGGUUAUCUUCCGUGAGAGGAUGAAACAUUACGAGUGUUUGACCAACGAUUCAUCUCUAGCCUCAGCGUUCUACGUCCCAUACUACGCAGGUUUUGACGUGAGCCGUCACCUCUGGGGAUACAACACAACGGUUAGAGACGAAUUGGGUAUAAAGCUGGCUAAAUGGCUUAGAGAGAGACCCGAGUGGAGGAAGAUGAACGGUAGAGAUCACUUCUUUGUAACAGGACGGAUCGGUUGGGACUUCAGGAGAGGUUUAGAUGAUGAUUCAGCGUGGGGAAGCAAACUGAUGCUGUUACCAGAGUUUGCUAACAUGACGAUGUUAUCGAUAGAAACCACUGCUUGGACUAAUGAGUUUGCGGUUCCUUAUCCUACUUACUUCCAUCCCAAGAGCUUGUCCGAGGUUAGGAGAUGGCAGAAGAAAGUGAAGAAUGUGAAGAGGAGGUACUUGUAUUCGUUUGUUGGAGCUCCAAGGCCUAACAUGGAUGGAUCUAUAAGGGGUGAGAUUAUAAAGCAAUGCCUUGCGUCUCACGGUAGGUGCAAGUUUCUUGAUUGUAAUAAAGGUCAAGAUUGCGAUAACCCGGUUACGGUGAUGGAAGUGUUCCAACGUUCGGUUUUCUGUUUACAACCUAAAGGAGAUUCGUAUACUAGAAGAUCGAUAUUUGAUUCGAUUUUGGCCGGUUGCAUACCGGUUUUCUUCCAUCCCGGUUCGGGUUAUAACCAGUAUAUGUGGUAUUUUCCAAAGGAUUAUACCAAGUACUCGGUUUACAUACCGGAGAAAGGGAUGAAGGAUGGAACGGUUAGUCUUAGGAGUUUGUUGGGUAGGAUUGAUUGGGGGAGUAUUGUGAGGAUGAGGAAUGAAGUUGUGAAGAUUAUACCGAAGAUAAUAUACACUAAACCGGGAUUGGUUGGACCGGAGAAGAUUGAUGAUGCGUUUGAGAUUGCAUUGGAUAGGGUUGUUGAGAGGGUAGCAAUGGUUAAGAGGAUGAUGGAAGAAGGGAAAGAUCUUCAGAGUGAGUAUUCACAGACUAGGGACUUGAAAAAACUUGAGUGAAAAUCACAUGGAAGAAAUUGGUUUUUUGUUGUUGUUGUUAUUAUAUUUUGUUAGAUUUAUAAGAAAGGUGAGUGAAAAUCAUAUAGUAACAUGU